AUGGAGAAUACUGCGGAGAAACCAAGCGACAACAAGGCCACCAUCGUCAAGAACACGGCUCAGCUCUCCAAGAUCCCACGUCAUAUCAGUUAUCCACUCAAGAAGGAGCAAGAGGAGGAACUACAACAGGCAAAUGCGGAGAACACUGCGGAGAAAUCAAGCGGCAACAAGGCCACCAUCGUCAAGAACACGGCUCAGCUCUCCAAGAUCCCACGUCAUAUCAGUCAUCCACUCAAGGAGGAGCAAGAGGAGGAACUACAACAGGCAAAUGCGGAGAACACUGCGGAGAAACCAAGCGGUAACAAGGCCACCAUCGUCAAGAACACGGCUCAGCUCUCCAAGAUCCCACGUUAUAUCAGUCAUCCACUCAGUCAGCCACUCAGCUAG